AUGGACAUCGAACACCACGGAGAGAACUUUCAGACGGUGGUUCCUAUCGGCGUUCACGAAGUGCAAAGGGACGAGGAGUACUGGUAUCAAGACGGAUCCGUCGUGCUCAUCGCGGAAGGAUGGGGAUUCCGCGUCUUCCACGGAAUACUAGCGGAGCAUUCUGAGGUGUUCCGCGAUCUGCUGUCCAUACCACAGCUGCAGACUAUGGAGCAGAUCGACAAUUGUCCCGUCGUGCAUCUCUCCGACCGCGCCGCGGAUCUUCGACACCUGCUGCGUUUUCUGUUCCACGCUCGACAACACUUUGCACCUGAUAGGCCGGUGAAAACGUUGGCCGUAGCUGCACUAAUACGUCUUGGGCACAAGUAUCAAAUAGAAGAUGCGAUGAAAGAGGGAGCUACUCGAUUACAGGAUGCGUUCCCCGUGACGCUUGACGCUUGGCGAGAGCGAUACGAUCCUUACUGUCUGAAUUUACCACGUUCAGAGAUUCAAAGGCUGAAGAAACGACGAAAGCUCAUCGAUGACGGGAAUGGUGAUCGUUACGGCUGCGACGUCACAGCAGUCCACCUCGCUCGCUUGCUCGAUUCCGCACCCAUCCUGGUAACUGCGCUCUACUUCUGUUGCGAAUACCCUGGUCACAGAUGGGUGGAAGGGGUCAAGAUGGCAGAUGGCUCGGUGGAGCAACUAAGCCCGGAAGAAGUUGCGCGAUGCAUUGAUGGUCGCAUGAUGCUCAUGUCUGCCAGAGCAACAGCGGUCGGCAGAAUAUACGCGCUCCAUGGACCAUCCUAUGGAGGACGCGCAUUUCACUGUCAAGAUCGCAAGAGGUGCGAUGGCGAACUCAAAAGAUUCCUCGACCGGGUGCUUUACAACGACGGCUGCGAGCAGGUUGAACUCGCCGAGAGGUCCAUUCGUGCUCUGGAAAGCGGAGCUGUAUAUUUUGAUGACGAAAUGGUUAACUUGUGCGGUGAGAGUGACUUCUACUAUCACUUCUGUUCAUCAUGCAAAGCGUUCCUGAUACAAAAGGAACGAGAAGAGCAAGAAGAGCUAUGGAACCGCCUCCCCGAAAUAUUUGACGGGGGCUAUUAUUUGUAG